AUGCGCCCCACCCUCGCCACAGAACGCUCCCUUCUUCCACAGACCGCGCUCCCCGACGACCCCAUCUUCUCUAGACUAGUCCAACUCGCCACCCGCAGAGAUGGUCAAGUUAUUGUCGACGACCGCAGCCGCGGCACACAGUUUGGCUACGGCCACAUUCUCCACGGCACCGUGGACCUCGUGCAGAAGCUUCGGAGUCUUCUCAACAGGGAUAUCCUAGAUAACCGCGGCGGGUUUUACAUUGCCGUCUUGGCCCCUAACAGCUACGAAUUCAUUAUUGCGGUCCUCGCUGUCCUAGCUCUCGGCGGUGUUGUCGUCCCCAUGCCCACGGGCGCACUUGCAUCCGAAGCAGCGCAUAUCCUGCGGCAGUGUGGUGCGUGCUGUAUUCUCGUUGGGCCAGAGCAAGUCGACCUGUUGGCCCGGAUCGAAGACGAGGUCAAAAUACCCUCUCUCUUGGUCAGGAGCCACGUGGGCGACUCUAAAUCUAAGAACCCGGUGCCGGCUACGUCCUUUGCGCUGGACCCGGCGGCCGCCGUGUCUGAAGAGUGUCCUAGCAUAUUGUUCUUUACUUCGGGGACGAGCGGCCCUCCAAAGGGUGUUUUGCACGCCCGUCGGACGGUCAGCAAGUAUGCUCGGCUGGAGGAAGUCGGGACGAAUGAGGAGAUUUGCAUCAUACCGAGGGGCGCGUUCUGGUCGCUGUAUUUCACGAAACUGUUCCAAAUGCUGCUUAUAGGGGUGCGCGUCGAGAUUCACAAUUUCGGACGCAACUACGACCUUAUAUGGGAGAAGCUCCGUGAUGGAACCGCCACGCGGAUUGCCUUGUCCCCUACUUUCUGGUACGGCAUGAUGGACUUUUUCCAGAGACACAUCUCCAAGUUGCCCGAGUCUACGAUCGACGAGUACGUCCGGGGGGUUCGGCAGCUUGGCGAUGCGUCCGCAUCGGGAGCCGUGUUGUCGAAUCGCAUCAAAGAGUUUUGGAAAGACAUGCGUGGCGGACGGCCGCUCAAGGUGCAGUACGGGUCGACGGAAUCACAGGAGAUUUCCAUCUGCGACGAGGGGGCCGGCAUGGUAGAGGGUGAUUUGGGGGUGCCGUUUCCAAACGUGACUAUCAAGUUGUCAGAGGGUGACGAAGGGGAGCUGCUUGUAAAGACUCCGGCUAUGUUUCUUGGGUACUUGAACUCGUCGGACUCUACGGCGCAAUGUAUGGACUCGGACGGGUUUUUCAAAACUGGUGAUCUGGCCAUCCGCCAGAACGGCCGGUACAUCUUCAAAGGAAGGGCAAACAUGGAUUUGUUCAAGUUUUAUACGUACAAGGUCCCGCGGAUGGAGGUCGAGUCCUGCCUGCUUGCGCUUCCUUAUAUCGAAGAGGGAUACAUCAUGCCGGUGGCAGAUCCGCAGUGCGAUACCCGGGUGGCUGCCCUUGUUCGUCUCCGAGACUGUUUCCAUACAGUUGACCUGAGUACUAUCAGGGGCGACCUUUCCAGAGACUUGCCUGCCUAUCAACUGCCAACUGUGCUUCGGGUUUUGAGAGACGGCGAAACGGUCCCUCGGACGUGGUCAGACAAAACCGCAUUGAAGCAGGCAGUGCGGAUGUUCUUCCCCCAAGACGACGAGGAACGGCUUUGUGGAGAGGCGAUAGAAGUCAUGGAUGUGAGUGGCUUCAUGAAGAUGGAAACCAAGAAGCCAUGGGACCUUUCAGGAAUGAGGUAG